AUGGGAGCCGUAUAUCGCAACGCCACACUGACUGUCUCAGCUCUUGUUUCAGCAAAAAGCACGAGCGCAAAGCUUAUGGUAUAUGAAGACAGCUCGAGAGAUGAGGAGGUCGAAGUGGACUGGAAGUCGCAAGAGGAAGAAAAUUUGCGACGUCUCAUGAACGAAUCUGUACUUACCUCACGAGGAUGGACUUUACAAGAGUACAUAUUGUCUCCUCGAAAUCUUCUCUACGGCGCGAGGCAGAUAUACUGGCGGUGUCCAAACCAAAAAUUUCGGAAAGCUUCACAAGUUAUUUACUCCGACAUAUUAGCCGUGGCCCCCGAAAUUGAAUCAGAUAUAAGAGCUGUACUUGAGGAUUAUUACGAAUUAGCAGAGACUUAUUCUGCGCGCCAAUUGACUUAUGGGUCAGAUAAACAUGCUGCAUUCUCUGGUAUAGCUCAAAUGAUACAUCCAUCCAUUGGCGGACAAUACCUUGCGGGCCUUUGGACAGUUGACUUUAAGCAUGGACUGCUGUGGUAUGCGGAAAUGGCCUCUUGCCGUCAUGUUGAAUCUCAUGGAGCCCCGUCUUGGUCGUGGAUGACAACUCCAUUCGAUGUGAAAAUACUUCAAUACAACGGAAUUUCUCAAGAUGCGGUAAAACAGUUUGGUCAAGUUGAAUCAGCCUCUGUGGUUGUGGAAGGACUCACAAUGCCAUUGAUACGGAGCAAACAGCACGUUCGAGCAAGAGACCGCGAUGACCUGGUGCUUGGUAGUGUAUACUAUGACGAGCCAUCAUCCGGUGACGAUGAUGACAUGAGAAACUCGAUUUUCACAGUAGAUGAUCAAGUUUUGGGACAGGCUUUGAUUUCGCUGCAUGCUGAUCCAGGGACUGAUGACGUCGAUAUCAGUUCAAAUCUGUUCCUGGAAGACGACCUCUUGGUAUUGCUGGUUCAGGCAGAUGAAAAUGUCGAUAAUGAGAUGGAAUCUAGCUUUGGCGAAGGAAUUGUUUUACGACCAGUCAAACAUGGUUUGGAAGAUGUUUAUGAGAGGGCUGGGUAUGUUACAUUCUGGAUGCCGAGCAUGGAUUAUUUUCGAGGGUGGGCGUUAAGAUCCUUGAAAAUGAUAUAA